AUGCCGGUUGAAUCCGAGGUUCAGUGUCAACUAUUUAAAUGUCUGAUGAUUAGGGAGUUGAAACGUAGUUCGAAGGAUGCUUUUGUUAUUGAUAUCAAUGGGACUGAACUCACGUUUACUCUAUUUGAUUUUGCAUUAAUUACUGGGCUCAAGUGUUAUGAUGAGGAAAUUGAAUUUCCGGAUGUUGAGAACAAAUUCAUGACAAAGUAUUUUCCUGGGGCAACAAAAAAUGUUUUAAAGAUGUCGUUAAACAAGUGUUUUAAAGAUCAGGAUUGGAGUGUCGGGGCUAAUGCUGAUAGAGAUGCUGUUAGGACUGCGAUAUUAUAUUUCAUCCAUAAUUAUUUACUUGUCCGUGAAAAGAGAAAACGUGACGAUACCAAAAAAAAACAUUUUGAUUUGGUUGUGAGUGGACAAUAUGUAGAUUAUACAUGGGGUAAAGAAGCAUUCGAUGAUCUGAUUGUUAGUGUUCACAACAGGAUGCAAAACAUACUUCACUGUCUUCGGGGUUUUCCGUAUGCUAUGCAAGUUUGGAUAUACGAGUGUUGUUCCAACGUUGACCCCAAUUUAGCUGUUAAGACAGGAAAUCGAAUUCCAAGAAUGUUCAACUGGAAAACAAUUAACACACAACCAACGGUUUCCCUACUCAUGUCGGGCAUGUUCAGAGAAGGUGUUUCCAAGGAUCACAUUAACUUUAGGAACAUUGUUCCUCUGACCAAUGAAGUUGAAGAGCUCGGGUUGCGUCCAUUCUUUGUAGACAGACCUGUUUCACCUACGCAAAUACAAGAAACGGAGGAUGAGUAUGCUGAUUUCUCUACAACACCACCACAUGUUGCUGCUGCCAAAGAAAAAGAACGGAAAGACGCUUCAAAGUCUCCACCACGCAAGAAAUCUAGGAAGAUGUCAACGACACUGUUGCCCAUGGAAAAUCGACAAUCAACAGUCCAACAAACUAUCAUCCCUCCGUUAGUUCCAACAGGAGUUUCUGUCCCAGUUCAGCCCGUUCAAUCAAAAGGAAAAGAAAUAGUUGGUACAAGUACACACUGCGCAUCUGUUGAUGAUUCAUCCACCAACAAAUCGGAUGACAUCAAAUCUUUGGGGGAAGAUUUCAACAAAUUCAAACAAGAUGUUCUUGAUGUAUUCAAGUCUGUAUUUACUGAAUUAAAGGAUUUCCAUCUUGCGAUGGAUGAAAAAUUAACAAAGCUUUUGAAAAAUAAAAAACUGAAUCAAAAUUCAGAAAAGGGGGCUGAUAGUGAAACACAUCCUCAAUUUCGUGACGAGAACAUACAUCAAGCAGGUGAUGCCUACAUGGACCAUGAUGAUGGUAUCCAAAUGGAUACUACUACUGUUCAUGUUUCUUUUCCCGAGGGUGAUGAUCAUGAAAAACAAGCGGAUAAUGACAAUGGAAGCGGUGAUAGUGUCAAAGUUUCAACAGAAGAGAUUUUGGAAGGAGGUAAUCUUUCGGGAGAACAAAAGAUUCUCGAUGAAUGUCCGGCUGUUGAGACAGCCAAAGAAACUGUAUUGGCUGAUAUAGCAAAAGAGCAUCCAAAAGAACAAGUUACACCACAAAAGAAUGUGCGAAACACUAGCUUUAAUGAUUUUGUGGAUCCUGGUGCAAAAGUUUGUGACGUUCAACCUAUAUCUGAGUGGUAUCUACCCAACGAAGCUUGGCCAAGUCAAACUCCUGGAAAAGAGAUUGCGAAAGAAGAAGAAACUGAAAAAGAAACAAUUCUUCAUCCAUCAGUUCCUCGGACUAUAUGGCCCGGAAAAUACCAGACCUCACCAUGGUGCACAGAAUUUGGUAGCAGUUCGGGCAAGCAACAAAUGCCUUUGUUUGACAAGAAACACCCCUUUCAUCAAUUUCCCAUUACCGAUGUGUUGGACCUCGAUGUAUUUGAAGAAUUCUGCGAAUGGCUUAACAAGGGAAUGCUCAAAAGGCAUGAUGCUAAGAAAAAUUAUGAAGAUCAUUACAGGAAAAACAUGGCAGCUUUUGAGGAUGGUGUCCAAUACGAUUUUGUUGUCACAACUGUUAAAGAUAAGAACUGGUUUUACCUUUUGUCAAUGGAUGGUCAGUUGUGGAAUGACGAGCAUAUUGAUGUCAUAUUCUACUACUUUCGGAAGAAAGGAAAAUAUGACAUGAACAACAACUACACUUUUACCACUGUUGAUUGUGUUUUCAAGCAGCACUUUGAUGUUUGUUAUCACGCAUUCCACAACAUUGGAACACAGACCGAUGUUGCCAACAAAGAGUCUACUUUGAUCGAUUAUGUCAAGGGCCACAGACUACUUGCGAAUGUGCCAUGGCAUACGGUUGACAAUAUGCUAAUACCAUUCAACAUAAAAGAAGAAAAUCAUUGGGUGUUGGUUGUUUUGUCAUUCUUAGACAGGGACUGUGGUGUAUUUGUGGCAGCAUAUGCUGAGUAUUUGAUCACGGCUGGGAGUAUACCAGAUAAUAUUGAUGCACAUAUUCUGCGUAUGAGAUAUGGCACUCUUUUGUGGGGAUACACCGAAGUCAAGUUGGCCAACAAUGCUGAGAGUGAUAGUGAGGUUCCACCAAGACCAAUUAGGACUGAGAUAUAUUACAACACUGUUGAUGUUCAUGAUGUUUGA